AUGAUAUUGAUUUCUGUGUUCUGGAUAUUAACAGUUAUAUUACUCGAUGUCAGAUGUGAAGUAUUCGAACUGGAUAGCAGAUUCAUUGAGUUUAUCGACAAGGGUCCUUGGCUUGUCCAGUUUUAUGCUCCUUGGUGUGGAUUCUGUCGCCGUUUGGCUGGUACAUACGAAGAAGCCAGCAGGAUACUACUUCAUACGGAACCUUCAAUCAAAGUUGCUAGACUUGACGCCACAAUAUACACCGGAAUAGCCAAGAUGUUCGAUGUGCGAGGUUUCCCAACAAUUAAGUAUAUUAAUGGCACAGUAUCAUAUACAUUUAUCGGUGAUCGAACUGUUCAUGGUCUUGUUACAUUUGCGCAAAGAGCUAAUGGACCAGCAGUAAAGAAUUUUGAAGAAAGUCAUGAAUUUGAAGAACGUUUAAAAAAACUAUCUUCAGACGAACCAUUUUUCUUCUUAAUUAAACCAGCUAAUUCUAUUUUAGAGAAAACAUUUCUACAAGUAGCUGAACAAUUACGUAUAUCCUCAUGGUUUUUCAGCGGUUCAUUAUCAGUUAUCACUUCUCCUUACAUUGAGACUUUGAAAUCAUCCAAUGAUAUAUUUACAGAGAUUUUAGUUUUUAAAGAUUCUCAAGUUUAUUCUUAUCCUGGUCUAUUUUCAAAUAAAAAUUUCCAAUUAACAAAUGAUACGGCGGAAUUAUAUCAAGAUCUAAUAUUAUGGACGUUACGUGAACGACAGCCGGGAUUUCCGAAAUUAUCUCAUUUUGAUUGGUGGGAAUUUGCAUCGAAUGAAUUAUUGGACAUUCAAAAUCAUAAUACUAAUAGUACUAAUACUACAGAUGAUAAUAGUAGAAGUAAUAGUAACGAUGAUUCAGUAGUUCAACAAUCAUUACAUUCAAAUACAAGUCCAGUACAAUCAUAUCGAAAUUAUCGUUUACUUGGAUUAUUUGUUAUUGAUCAAAUAAUAGAAAAGAGUUCUCCAUCUAGGGUAUUGGAAUUCGGGAGGAAAUUAGCUCUUAAACGUCUACCGCAUAUAAUACGCUAUUUCCAAUUAGCAUGGACUAAUGAUGUAGAAAGUUUAGAGAAUUUGGCUAUGAGAACAAUGACUGUACCAAAUUUCAUUGUUUUAAAUCCUGUUACACAUGAAUUAUUUGUAUAUUUAUCAAAUCACUAUUCAUCAUAUUCUUUAUUAUUUGAUGAAAAUAAUUUAAUUAAUUUCUUAAUGCUUAUUAAUGACGGAAAGAUUAAAGGUAUUGGAGGUAAUACAAUUUCAAUCAGAUUACAACGUUUAGGAUAUAAUUUUCUUAUCGGUUUCUCGAAAUUCCUCACCACUCGACCAUUGUUUGCACUUUUAAUUCUUGGAGUACCAGCAUUAAUGUUCAGUGGAAUUAUCUACUUAUGUUGUUGUUUGGACGCAAGGUAUGCAACUUAUGAUGACGGUGAAGAUGACCAACUUUCUAAUUACGGCAUUUACCAUAAAGCAUUAUCAAAUCAAAAGAUUAUUGGCAUUGAUAAUUCCAUUGGUGAUAGAUCAAUUAUCGACUCGAAUUCAAGCUACUUGGAUACUACUAGUAGUAGCAGCAGUGGUAUUAGUGUCAACGCAACGAAGACUGUUCAUUUUCGAGAUAUGCAUAAUUCUCCUCCACGUCGACGAUAUCGUCAUGAAGUUUUGCAUAACAGCAAUAAAAAUAUUCAGAAUAUUGGUCCUGUUUAUUCAGAGGAUGAAUUAAAGAAAAGAAUUGAAGAUUCACGUGCGAAAUUAAAGAAACAAGCAUAA